AUGAACGAGCUUGCUACUAAAGACGACUACACUCCAUCAUCUCCAAACAAUAGCUGUGGCUACACGACGGGCUCUGAGAGCGAGGUGGGGGACGAUAGCGAGGGCGAGUAUACACUACACCGCAGGAUGAGAACCAAGUUCACCUCUGAUCAGAUCUGCAGACUAGAACGAACCUUCAACAAACACAAAUAUCUCGGUACAACUCAGAGGAGAAAGAUUGCUGAGAAAAUGAAGCUCUCUGAAACUCAGGUGAAAACAUGGUUUCAAAACAGAAGGAUGAAGCUGAAACGCGAGGUCCAAGACCUGCGACCAGAAUUCUUUUCUCCUCCUCCAUCUCUGCUGCCACCACUGGUCUACGCCGCUCCGUCAUUUCAGCACCAAGCGCUUGGUGGACAGCUCCCCACCUUCGCCCAGAGAACACAAGCGCUCUGCCCGCAUCACAUUCAGAGAGUCCCUUUGCAACAGAUGAUUCACGGAAAACCAAUUCACCCCAUGAUGUUGGCGCCCUGUUACUACUGAUUGGACAGCAAUCCUAAAGACUGAUUCUUAUAGUAUAACUUCUGUUUUAAUAGUGAACUUCUGUUUAAUUAUUUGACUCGC